UCCAACUGUGGACGAGCAAGAUAAAUAACUCUGAGAGAAAACAUGGUGUCAAUCAAAGCUGCGGUGAUGGUGAUCACACUCCUCACGUUUUGCCUGCUGGCAACAGAGACAUCUGCAGUGAAUUACGAAUGCUGUCGAAGAUACAUGAAAUUCAAACUUCCAUUUGGUGUGAUCCGAGGAUACUCUGUCCAGACUCGUAAAGAGAUGUGUGCCAUCAAUGCCAUCAUUUUCCACACAAAAAAGGGUCUAGCGUGCGCCGAUCCUACUUUGGGCUGGGUGAUGGAAUAUAUCGACCGUAUUAGGAAUAAAGCACAAAAGGUUCACCACAACAACUAAAUGGUGUAGAAACAGUCUGCUCAUCGAGUGGAGACGGUGCGAAAGCGGCUACACCAGUGGACUCUUCCAAUAUCAGCUCGGCCUGGAAUCCAGAAAUCAAUGAUGUUUCAUAGUCUAAUAAUUCAACUCAACUCCUAUUUAACUUAAUUGCUCAUUAUAUGAAGGAUUGUCAUGCAAAGCAGGCUUCAGCUCAAUUGUAUGCAUUGUAUAUAUGUAUAUAGAUAU